AUGGUAAAUGCAACAGAAUAUUUAGACCAAAAUUACCCAAAAGGAAAUAGAAGCCAAAUAAUCGAAUUAGACAUUAGUCAUAAAAGCUUAGAAGACAAAUUUAAUUCAACCGAUUUUUUAGGGUUGAGGAUAAUAAACUGCUCCUUUAAUCAAUUAACUGGAUAUUUUUGGGGUUGGAGAAGUACAGUAGAAAUAUUCGAUUGUUCUUAUAACCUAUUUCCGGGAACUUGGCUAUUCGUUACUCCUUUUCUUCAAAAAUUAAAUCUAUCUCAUAAUAAAAUGGAUGGAAUCAAAGUUACUCAAAAUGCUAUCACUCAUUUUGAUGUUAGUGAUAAUGCAAUUUUUGAGUUAGAUUUGAGCGAAAGUGGAAAUUUACAAAUAUUAAACUGCUCAUAUAAUCCACUUACUAAAUUAAUUUUGCCUGAUUCUUUUGAUCCCAUUUCUUUUGAUUGUAGUAAUACUCUCCUUAAAAAGGUAGAAACCAAUUCUUUUAUUUUUGAUUGUCAAACUGGUACUAAAAUUAUUAGAAAUACGGCAUCAUCCCUUUCCUCAUCGUUCAACUCUUUGAAUAAUAGUACAAUAGUUGGAAUAAUUUUUGGCAUAUUAGGUUUUAUCGGUUUGUGUGUUGGAUUAUUUCUUGUUCGUAAAAAAAUAUAUUGCGCUAAAGAACAAUCAUAUCUAGCAUACUAG